GCGCAUAGUUCUACAGCUUAAUUGCUAUUUAAAGCAAUAUUUUCAGAAAAAGAAUAGUUUUUUUUUCUUUUUCGGUUAGUUCCAAUGCUGUGUACGAACACGUGCUAAAACAAUACCGUGUAGAAAAUUCCUUUUGUUUUAUUCUGCUAGAAUUCGUUUUGGCGAAAAAAGAAGCUGCAGCGACAUUUGAGGAAAAAUUGUUGCGUGAAAUACCGAGGAUUAUCGUCAGCUGGAACAUUCUUAAUAGUACAUAUUUUGACGUAUCAUUUAUUUGUUUGAGCAUUAUAUACAAUGCCGAACAGUUCAAACGGUACCCUUAAUCGACUGGACAUUGUUGUGAAUGCAGAUUCUUUCUCAUCACUAUGUACAGGAGCAACAGCUGUUAUUAAUAUGGUCAAAAAUUGGAAAUCUGAUAAUAUAGGUUUUGAGCUCUUCAAAGAUGGCAUAACUAACCGCUUAGUGAAAUGUUAUUUAAAAGAUAAUCCAGAUCAAGCAUUAUUAAUCAGAGUUUAUGGAGAAAAAACAGAACUUUUUAUUGACAGAAAUUUGGAAGUUCGUAAUAUGCAGAUGAUGUGUGAAGCUGGACUUUGUGCACCUUUACAUUGUGCCUUUGCUAAUGGACUUUGCUACGGUUUUUCACCUGGUGAAGUGCUAGAUACUAAAAUGGUUCGAGAUCCUGACAUUUCAAAAUUGAUCGCUGGAAGACUUGCCAGAAUGCAUAAUGUUCGUUCUAACAUAAAUGGAAUGAUUCCUCAAGCAAAUCUUUUCCCUAUUCUUUAUAAAUACCUGAAUCUAAUACCCGACUCUUUUCCUGAUCCCAUAAAAGAUGAAAAAUUUAAAAGUAUGAUAGCCCCUAAAGAUAAACUUGAAGAAGAAAUUGAGUGUUUGAAGGAACACUUAGUCAAACUAGAAUCUCCUGUUGUUUUUUGUCACAAUGACCUUCUAUUAAAAAAUGUUAUUUACAGUAGAGAAAAAGAAGAAGUAACAUUCAUUGAUUAUGAGUAUGCCGACUACAAUUAUCAAGCAUUUGAUAUUGGUAACCAUUUUUGCGAAUUUGCUGGGGUGGAGAAAUUUGAACCUAAACUUUACCCAAACAAAGAAUUCCAGAUGCGCUGGCUUAAGGACUAUUUAGAAGCGUGGUAUUCUGAAAAUGAACUAAGUCCAGAUGAUAUUACUGAAGAAACAGUAGAAAACUUUUAUAUCAUUGUUAAUAAAUUCGCUUUGGCUGCACAUAUGUUGUGGGGAACAUGGGCUUUGAUUCAGUCUGCACAUUCCACAUUGGAUUUUGAUUUUCUAGGGUAUGCCAAAGAUAGAUUACAUGAAUACUUCUCUAAAAAAGAAGAAUUUUUGUCUCUAGAACUUAAACAGAAUGAAUCAAAUGGUCGGUGAGAUUUAUUGUAGCAUCAGAUAGUACUGUAUAAAUACAUUUAUUGUGGUAUUGGGACUAACUGAAAUAUGUUGCAUUGUUUUUACAGAAUUUUUUGAUGGAAAUUUUGAUGAAAAAUGUUGUACUAUAAAUCAAAGCUUUCAUAAAGGUGGUGCUAAUUUCAGUUAUUGAUUAGUAUGAUUUUAUUAAUUUCAAAUUUGCUGAAAAAAAUCUCUUGACUUCCUCACAAAAAGCAAUUUUAAUAAAUCUAGUCAUUUUUUUAAAAAAAAAAAAUAUUUUUUGUAAUUAUUUUUAAGUGAAUUAAAUUGAAUUGUUUAAGUAUUCUAAAAAUGAAGGCUCAUGUUUAUCAGAUUAUAUUUAUAACUUAAUUAUAUAAUAUUUAUUGAUUUAAAAUGUCAUAGUAAAAAAAAUUCUUAAAAUGUGUUUAAAAUUACUUUUGUUAUUGAAAAUAUUAAUCUUGCUUUUUAAUUUAAAAAUUAAUAUUGUUUAGGAAGUCAGAAAUAAAUAUUUAGAUACAAUUUUUCUUCAGUUUGAAGUAUAAGACCAUCUAUUUAUUUUAAUUUCAAUUCUAUAUCUAAUUCCAUAAAUAUUUUUCUUAUAUUGAAUACAUUUAACAAUUUAUUCUAUUGUGUCCUGGAAUGAUAAAUUUCUUCCCAAGCUAUCUUUGGCUUUAAAAGGAAUACACAGUUGUUUUUAAGAAGUGAACAAGAAGUGCAUUUCCAUUGAAAAACAUUUUUUCAUAUGUUGGCUUACAAAUUCCAUUGGGAAUUGGAAAAAUUUAUAAAAUCCCAAAUUAUUAAAACUUUUUAUUUAAAAUCCAAAAACGUUCUAAAAGGCAGUAAGCUUUGUAAUCGUAACUCUUAACUAAAAAUUAUAAUUAUAAAUUAUAAAUAAUAAAAUUGUUAAUAAUAAUUAUAAUUAUUAACAAAAUUAUGAAUGUGAUUUAUUUGAGAGAUUUUAAUGAGAAUAUAUCUUGCAAAUACUAGCAUGAAGCUUAUUGUCAUU